GUUCACUUCAACAUUUAUUCCACAAGGCAAGCGUAAGAAGCGACCAUGAAAAACCUUUCAGCUCUACUUCUGCUGCUUCUCCAGGGAACGGUGCUGGCUCGAACAUAUAAAAAUGUUGCAUUGCAUGGAAAAGCCACCCAGUCUCACCGGAUAGAGCAUCCUCUUUCAUCUGCCUACAAUGCCAUUGAUGGAAACCGUCAGGCUGACCAACUUGCAGGAUCAUGCACUCACACUAUUGCAAUGACCAAUCCCUGGUGGAGAGUGGACCUGCUGGAUUCCUACAUUGUCACUUCAAUGUCCGUCACCAACAGAAGAGACUGCUGUUCGGAACGACUGAACGGAGCAGAGAUUCACAUUGGCAAUUCUUUACUCGACAACGGUGCUGCAAACACAGUGGUUGCUGCCAUUUCUCAUAUCCCAGCAGGAAGGACUUUAACCAUUACAUUUACCAGACAUGUGGAAGGCCGUUAUGUGACUGUUGUGCUUCCAGGUUUAAACAGAAUGCUUACACUCUGUGAGGUGGAGGUUUAUGGAUACCGCGCUCCAACUGGGAAUGUGGCAAUUUAUGGAAAAGCCUCACAGUCAACGGUUUAUCCCGGAGCCAUCGCCUACUAUGCUAUUGAUGGGAACCGUGCAGCACUGUGGAGCCAGAGUUCCUGCAGUGCCACAAAUAAUGACUUUAACCCCUGGUGGAGACUGGACCUGGGCAGCACCCACAGAGUGUUCAGUAUUAACAUAACCAAUCGGGUAGAAUAUCCCACUCGAAUUAAUGGAGCUGAAAUUCGUAUUGGAGAUUCACUUGAUAACAAUGGAAAUAACAAUCCCAGGUGUGCUGUGAUCUCAACCAUCUCUCCAGGUUCUACUGAAACCUAUCAGUGCAACGGCAUGGAUGGUCGAUACAUCAACGUUUUCAUACCUGGAAGAAAUGAGUAUCUCACACUGUGUGAGGUGGAAGUGUACGCAUCCCAACUGGAUUAAACUAAAGAUUCUAUGACAGGGAUGUCAUUUCAUUUAUAAGAGUCUCCACAAUAUAAAUUAUGCAGUUGUCAUACUUAAUUAUAGUUAGAGUCAAAGCUUAGAAAAUUGUGACCACAAGAUGGCAGAAAAUCCUCACAAUGAAUUAAGUGUCAAAGCUCUCCUUCAGACAUUUAGUCAUAUCACAAAGGGUGAGCUUUCAAGAGUUUUAAA